GUGUGGUGGGAAAUUGUUAGUGUUGAGUGUUGAUCAUCAGCCAUCCAUCCAUCCAUCCAUCAGUUGGUGCAGGGCUAUGGCAUUGGCAGCUGCAGCAAAUGUCUACUCUCCUCCUCUAAUGGCUGCCCAGAAGCCCAAUGCUCCUCCUUCUACCACAACUACCACUACUCUCUCCUCUAAAAAGAAUACAACUGUUUUCCCUCUCGGCGAACCAGGCCCUCGUGUAGGAUACUCAGCGUCCGCGCAGCCGGUGAAGCUGUUGACACGGGUGGAGCAGCUGCGCCUCCUCAGCAAGGCCGAGAAGGCUGGCCUCUUAUCGGCAGCUGAGAAGUUUGGGCUAUCGUUGUCGACAAUAGAGAGGCUCGGCCUGCUAUCCAAGGCAGAAGAAUUGGGGGUGCUUUCAGCGGCUACUGAUCCGGGCACGCCUUCAGCUCUUCUCAGUCUGAGCUUGUUUCUGCUGGUGUUGGGGCCUGCCAGUGUUUACUUGGUGCCGGAAGACUACCCUUGGGAAAUAGGUCUGCAGGUUGUGGUUGUUCUACUUUCUGUAGUUGGUGGCUCUGCUGCUUUUGCUGCAUCAAAUCUUGUAUCCACCUUGCAGAAAUCAAAUUAAUCAGAGUUUGUGAGGAAUAAAUAUGGGGCUUGUGAACAUCAUAUAUCCUUUUUGUUAGCAUUCAUUUGAAUCAAUAGACUAGUAUAGGAAAAGUAAAUCAAUGAUUUAAAUAUUGUUUGGGUCA